UGGGGCGAGAUUGGCCAACCGACCAUGCCCUGGGGGCUCCCGCUCUGAUCCCCGGCGCGGCUUCUCUGCUCUGGCAGCAUUCCCAGGCUCAGCCCAUGUGCCCGGCUCGUACCGCUGGAUAGAGACAGAGCCCCCUCCGGGGUCCCGCUGUCCCUUCCCUGCCCCCAGCUCCAAACUUGGUACCAACUUCAGCCAAAGUUUGGCAACUCCUCCUCCCCUGACUCCUUCCCCCGACCCGUGCGUCGGGGGUGAGGAGGGGGCCCACGGGGCUGAGAAGGGGAGCGGCGGGCUCCGCUUCUUCUGCCCCCGGGGAUGCGCUCCCUCGGGCUCAGAGUCCCGCAUCCUCCCCAGCUGUUACUGCUGCUGCUGCUGCUGAUUCCUGGAUUGCAGGCGCCCGCCGCGGGGUCCUCGGGGCUGUCCGAGCUGAAGGUCAGAGUGCGGCUGCCAGAUGGCCAGGUGACGGAGGAGAGCCUGCAGGCUGACAGUGAUGCGGACUGCAUCAGCCUGGAGCUGCAUAAACCCGACGGGACCCUCAUCUCUUUUACUGCAGACUUCAAGAGGGAUGUAAAGAUCUUUCGAGCCCUGAUCCUGGGUGAGCUGGAGAAAGGCCAGAGUCAGUUCCAGGCUCUCUGCUUCAUUACAAGGCUACAUCACAACGAGAUCAUUCCCAGUGAGGCUAUGGCUAAACUUCGGCAAAAAAACCCUCGAGCAGUCCGUCAGGCGGAAGAGGUGCGGGGUCUGGAACAGCUCCACAUGGACGUGGCAGUCAACUUCACCAAGGGAGCGUGGCUGAGCCCCCACAUCCAUAACGUGUGUGCCGAAGCUCGAGAGGCCAUUUACACCCGAGAAGAGGACGCCAAGUUCUGGAUGGAGAGAGGUGUGGAUGGCUCCAUAUUUGAAGCACUGCCAUCACAGCCCGCUGACAUCUCCAGCCUACGGCGCUGUAGGCAUGUCGGGGACCGAUGGAGACCUUGCCUCUGUCACUAUGGGCUCAACUUAGCCUGGUAUCCCUGCCUGCUCAAAUACUGCCACAAUCGGGAACCUAGCGGCCGCCUCUCCUCCUAUAAGUGUGGCAUUCGAAGCUGCCAAAAGAGCUAUAAUUUUGACUAUUAUGUGCCCCAAAAACAACUCUGCCUUUGGGACGAGGACACCUAGCCUGGGUGGGGGGCACUGAGCUGGGGAGGGGAGAGGUGAAGUGCUCCUCUCCUGGGAGCAGAGAAAGGGGCUACAAAGCCUCUCCUUUCCUCACUCAUCCAGCUGGAACAAUCUCAGGCCCCUUGCUCUUUGACUGUGAAAAGGGAUGUGGCUAAUAUCAGGGUUAACUUAAGAUCCAUCACCCCUUCUCCUCUCCUUCCUCUUCUUUGGGAGAAGGGCAAGAACCCACUCUAGACCCCUCCCCUUUAACAUUUUCAAGUAACCAAAAUGUGACCAUUUCUUUUAUUUUACUCUUUGAAGGCUCACACCUUAAGAGGACCCUACCCUCCAGGGGGAAGAGAGGGGAAGUCUAAUGAAUUCCCUGUCUGCCCUGUCCCCCUCCCCCACACUCAUUCCUCUCCCUCACUUAGAAGGAACUCAUCCUGAAAGGGCUUCUGUUUGACACCCCCCACCCCAGCGAGAGAACUUCUGGGGCCAUUUUCCCUCGACAGGCGUGGGGCAGGGGUUGUGGGUGACAUCAAUGAAUUACUCAGAGGUACCAAGGGAAAGAGGGGUGACGGCUGGAGAGGAUCACAAGCCAUAGUCCUCACCCCUUAGAAAACCAGGGAUAUGGGUGGUGGGGAGGGGAGGGUGCUUAGAUCCCCCCACAAACCCGCCCAACCACAGUGCCUUUAUCCUCCAGAUCAGGACCUGCCAAACCAGCAGCAUUGCCAGCAAUCGUUUUUUCCAUUUCCUAAGAUUAUUUUUGUAAGGCUCUGGGGGGGCAGGGAAGGGGCAAAUUCCAGAUUUUUAAUGCAAAGUAUUUAUCAUUUGUACCAGAAAUAAAAGAAGUUUUUACUUUAUCAA